AUGCAACGCCGUUUUAUUUUGCGUGCUUCUUCAUUAUUCUUCAAUACAAAGACAUACAUAAACUCUAUUUAUAAAUUUAAUAAUACCAAUGUCAGAAGGCUCACGCUUGUUAAACGACCUACUUUUCGUCCUGAAGUUAGCACACCCAAGAGAUAUAUUCAUAUUAAAUCCAUUUCUACAGCUGCAAUUAUUUCUAUUAUAACUUCCUAUUACUAUUAUAAUAAUAGAGAUAAUAAACUUAAGGUCAAAGAUUCACAAGCUGUACCCAUUUCAACCUCUACUAAUUUACAAUCUCAGAGCGUUACUUCCCAAUUGAGCGAUGAUAGUAGUAGAGUAGCUUUACAAUCUAAAUCUAUGCAAGAACUUUUAUUGGCGCUGUUUGUAUAUAAAUUAUGCACCGUUCCAUGGUUGGUCGAUAUCGCACCAUACAUUAUUGACAUCUCAGAAAAAAUGCAUUUACAAGAUCCCAUUUACUGGUUUGCCAAAAAGACGUUUUUCAAACAAUUUUGUGGUGGGGAGACAGCUGAAGAAUGUGUCAUCACAAUGAAUCAUUUAUCGCAAUCAAAUAUUAAUUGUAUACUAGAUCUUAGUAUUGAAGCUGAUUUACAUAUUGAAGAAACAAAGGCAAUUCAGAAUGAUAAAAGGAAUAAACAUUGGCAGCAGGAGCAACAAGCGGAUGCUACGCUUAGAAUGCUAAAAACAUGCAUUAAAACUGCAGCACAAGGACAUCAAGAUGAAUAUUCCAUCAACAAAUCAUUAGUGGCUGUAAAGAUAACAGCACUUGCUCCUCUUGAUAUAUUACUCCAAUUGAAUCAAGUUAUAGACCGUUUAAACAAAGCAUUUGAAAUGUAUCAAUUAAAUGGUCGUAUUGAUAGUCAAUGUGUAGAGCAUGUUGCAACUCAUAUUUGCCCUCCAACGUAUUCUGAAAUUCAAAGACAGCAACGAACUGAUUUUUUAUCUCAAUUAAAAAAUCAAGAUAGAACAUUAGACUAUAAUGAGUAUAUCACAUUAUUUAGUUUAAAUAAUCCUGGUCGUAAAGUAUGGUGGGAAACAGUGUAUUCCAAAUCAAAAAAUGAUGUAUUUUUAACUCGUGAAGAUUUAGAAAUUUAUGAUAGAAUGGUUCAACGAUUGGAUGAAGUAUGUACGUUAGCUUAUGAACUUGAAGUAGGUAUAAUGAUUGAUGCUGAACAAUCUUACUUUCAAGAGGCUAUCGAUUAUAUAGCAAUGAAUUUGCAGCAACAAUAUAACCGUUUAGAACAUAAUGACCAUAUUCCUAUAGUGUAUAACACAUAUCAAAUGUACACAAAGACAGCUCAGAAAAAAAUUGAACGAGACGUGGAUAGAGCAGAUAAAGAGAAUUUUACUUUUGCUGCUAAAUUAGUACGCGGUGCUUAUAUGGUCUCAGAACGAAAGCGUUCACAAAAAAUGGGUUAUGAAUCACCUAUUCAUGAUAGCAUUGAAGACACUCAUACUUCCUACAAUAAUAGUGUCCGAUAUUUAAUCAACAAAUUACACAAACAUCAAGAGAACAUAGAUGUUAAUUUGACAGCUACAAAUACCCCUAUUGUAUUUAUGGUCGCUAGCCAUAAUAGAGAUUCUACAAUAUUGACUGUAGAAGAAAUGGAGCGUCAUCAUAUUUUACCCAAGUCUGGUGUUGUGCAUUUUGGACAAUUGUUUGGUAUGCAAGAUCAGAUUUCUUAUACUCUAGCUCAAAAUGGAUAUUCAAUUUACAAAUACCUGCCUUAUGGUACAAUUGAUGAAGUUAUCCCUUAUCUACUUCGCCGAGCCCAAGAAAAUGCAACUGUCUUAGGCAGUGUUAAUAAUGAAUGUGAAUUAAUUUGGCAAGAAAUUAAGGAUCGUUUACUUUGUAUGAUUAGUUUUUACACUCAUCUCGAUUGCCCAUCCACAUCUAGUAUUGAGUAUACUUCAGACAAUAAUAAUACAACAAAUAAUGCGAAUACUAAUGAUAGAAUUAUUACUGGAGCCUCUACAGAAGUAACUUAA